AGGCAGGUCAAGUCAGGCCAAGUCGCCUUAGAUAGGGGAUUCUGCUAAACCGGUUCCGCGCUGGCCGUCGACGGGAGGGAGAGAAGUGCGAUGUGGUUGGCUUACUCCAUGCACCAGAGAGCCAGACUCAGCAAAGCCGCGAGAAAUAGAGUUGGAGGAGUCUGGAGGUGCUGGACAGUGGCGGUCGGGACGCUGAACUCUGGAUUCUGGAUUCUGGGGGUGUUUCUUGGGAUGAGGGUGAACGAGUCGUGCCCAACAGCGACUUUCUGGGCGCGCGCUCUGGUCGACAAUUUGCCGCGCGUUGACUCUACCAAUCAGUCAAAUAAUUAUCGAUAUUUUUCUUAUUUAUUUCAGCCUUUUUCACCCUAAGGAGGGAAUUUCUCGCGCUGUAUUUUCUAAUUAAUGUGAAAUUUUAAUUAGGGCCAUGGUUCUGGUGAUUCUG